UCCGAACUAAACCGAUCCCAGCGGGUUCGCGACGGCCCUCGGAGCGAGGAGGAGAACCUCCGGUUUCCGCGCCGCCGCUGCGCGUGGUCUCGCCGAGAGCAGAGCGCGGGGAGAAGGAAGGAGGUGCAGGAGCGUUGGGGACUUGGGGUUCCUCCAUGCUCCAGCCACGAUAGGCCAGCGAGGGAGGAUAACACGAACACCCGGAGACCGCCCUCGGGGAGCCGCAGCCCCGUGGCGAGGGCGUGUGCUCCUCCUGCUUCGCCUCCCCUUCCUGCGCCCCAAUCCGCCAUGAAACUUACCUGUUUGGCCGCCGCCGGCAGGGGCGGAGGCUACCACUCGCCGGCGAGCUACUUACUGGAGCUGGAGGGACUCCGCUUCCUGCUCGAUUGCCCCGUCGAUCUAUCGGUUCUCGCAGCAUUCGCCCCGGUGCCCCUCGGCGUGCACAACGGUGAUGUGGGAGACCUCAUAUCCGCGGUGCCCUACUACUGGUCGCCGGCGGCGGCGGCCGCCGCCAAAACUGGCGGCGUGGACGCUGUGCUCGUGUCGUCUGCCACGGGAAUGCUUGGGCUCCCCUUCCUCACCCGAUUGCCCUGCUUCGCAAACACCAAGGUUUAUGUUACAGAGUUAGCAGCAAGGAUUGGAAAGCUAAUGAUGAGGGAGCUGGUGGAAAUGCACUCUGAGUUUGUACGGUACUAUGGGCCAGAUAUCGAUGGGCCACCCAAGUGGAUGGAAGGGGAGAAACUUGAUAAACUCAUGUCCGUUUUGCAGAAGGUAGUAAAUGAAGAUGAGGUAAAGGAUUUAGCUCCUUUCAUGCCUCUCUACAGUGCGACAAGCAUAGAUGAAUGCAUGCAGAAAACGCAGCCUGUCAAAUAUAGUGAGGAGGUUUGCUUCAAUGGCAUGUUAAUGCUGAAAGCCUCUAGCUCUGGCCUGGAACUUGGCAAUUGUGUGUGGUCAAUAAAAGGUCCGAGAGCAAGUAUUACCUGCUUGUCAAGCACUGUGUUUGUGUCAGCCCAUGCUUUAGAUUUUGACUAUAACUCUCUGAAGGAAAAUGAUAUUAUUUUGUUUUCCGAUUUCUCAUCAUUGAAUGCCAUGGAUGAGGAUAAUGAGAAUCUGAAUGUGAACGGAACGGAUGAAAAUGGCACUUUGCUUUGUGAUGACUCCGUGUUGAGGGAAAAUGGUGUCAAUGAGGAUAAAAAUUUCCAAUGCCUGUCCAUCAAUGAUGAUAUUGCAGACGAGAUUGAGAGAAUCGGCUUCAUAUGCUCAUGUAUAAUGGAUGCAAUAAAAUCUGGAGGCUCUGUUUUAAUACCAAUAGGACGACUUGGUGUUAUUCUUUUAAUUUUGGAGUAUAUAUCAGAAACACUACAUUUUUCCAACAUGAAGGUACCCAUAUUUAUGAUUUCUGGAGCGGCAGAAAAAACAAUUGCCUUUACCAAUGCUGUGCCAGAAUGGUUAUGCAAGCCACGUCAAGAAAAGUUAUUCUCUGGCGAGGCAUUAUUUGGCCAUGUGGAACUUUUGAAGGAAGGCAGAUUAUUUCUGUUUCCUCAUCUAUACUCAAAGGGCCUACUGUCAGCAUGGAAGGAGCCUUGCAUUGUAUUUUGUCCACACUGGAGCCUUAGGCAUGGCACAGCAGUCCAUUUGCUUCGUCGGUGGCAUGCAGAUAAACGAAAUCUUCUUGUUUUGGAGCAAGGAUUUGAUGCUGAGUUGGCUCUGAAGCCUUUUAUGCCUGUGGCCAUGCAAGUUCUUGAGUGUUCUUUCCUUUCUGGAAUAAAGGCGAGGAAAGUUAAUCCAUUACUGAGAAUUCUCAAACCAAAGCUCAUUCUGUUUCCUGAAUGUAUGAAGUCGACAUGCCCAUUAAAGGAGGACUCUCCAUGGUCAUUCCUGCAUUACUCCAAGGGAAAAACCAUCGGGAUCCCAAAUAUACGAGAAGAAUUCAAGUUGCGACUUUCAACUGAUGCCGCCUUUGGGUUGGACGAGAACAUCACUAUUGCGAGGCUGAGAGGAAAGCUUCAUCUCAGCAACGGACAGUAUGUGCUGGUUGCUCCAAAGGAUCAAUCUGAUCGACCAAAGCAGCAGUUGAUGCAUUGGGGAGCUGUUGAUUCAGAUCGUGCGUUGUCGGCGUUGCAAGAUAGGGGGAUUGUUUGCUCUUUUAGUGCAGAUUGUUAUAGUUCCGUAGGCUGUGAACGCUCGAUUUUAGUUACUAGUCCAGGAGAAGCUCUGGUUAAGGUGACAUCUGAAAGGACUGUGAUUUACUGUGAUGAUGAAAAAACAACCAAGCGCAUUUACGAUGCUUUUAGUAGUAUUUGUAAUGGAAUAUAAAUAUGCUACACGUGUAAUGUUCCUGAAGAAAAUGCUGGAUGCCAUGUGAAUGAAAGAAAAUGAGAAGAUGGAAGUAGAA